UUAUAUGUUUCUUUUCUUUCAAUGGUAAUUUUUUUUAAGUAUAGGUUUUUAUUACAAGACUGUCCUACAUUAAUAUAAUUAAUUAUCUGAAAAUACUAACAUGUUUCCUGAUACGUUUAUGCCUCGUGUAGUGGCUGAGAAAGACUGCAGUACCAGUCCCACACCAAAGGCGGAAACACUUCAUUUGAAGGAAGACAUUCUUUUUGACUACGACACAACUGUGAGGCCAGUGCGUAAUCAUGGCACCCAGACCGUUGUAAACGUCGCCAUGUUUCUCAGGAGUAUCAAUUUCGAGACAUAUUUAAGCUCCAUUUAUAUAAACUGUUGGAUGGUAUGGGAAUGGCUUGACGAAUACUUAAUAUGGAAUCCGUCAGAUUAUGACGGCUUGGACACUCUUCAUGUCGACAGCUACGACAUCUGGGUGCCAGAGAUCUCGCAGUUCGCAUCUACUGCCACGUGGAACGAAGAAACGAAGAUGCCCAGUGGCAGGUGCGAGGUGAAACCAAAUGGAAAAGUUAGCUGCAUUCCGUCAACGGCGUAUUUCAUGCUUUGUAGACCAGACUUAACCUACUGGCCUUACGACAAGGUGAACUGUUCGCUUCGACUAGGCGCCUGGAUGCAGGGCGGUGAGGAGAUUAAUAUCACCACCGGUCAGGAAAAUGUUGAUUUGCUUAAUUAUAAACCUAAUCGCGAGUGGAAUCUGCUAUCUGCAACUGCCAGGGUGCAUCUGGAGGACUACGGAAACAAUUCAACGUUCUCUUGGAUUCAAUACAGCUUCGUCUUACAGAGACACUCCAGCAUGUACGAAGCCACGCUGGGUGUGUCGGCAUUACUGUUUGCCGUCAUAGUGCUGACCACAUUCUGGCUUCGACGUGAAGGACCAAGCCGCCUCAACCUGUCGUGUGUCAGCCUGAUGUGCCAUUACCUGCAACUCCAGUAUCUGGGAUGGAUGUUGGAGAACAACGGUGACAAUUGUCCUUUAAUAGUUCUCUUCUUUCGGGAUUCGAUGUUGUUGUCAGGGCUGUCACUGGUGGUUGCCAUCAUUGAGCGAUGUUUGAUCUCCAAUUUAGAAUCCUGCCCUCAUUGGAUGUCUGGGAUCAUAAGAUGGACACUGAGCUUCCGUCCCGGCCAACUCCUCCUUCUGUCAAAACAAUCACCUGACGGUGCUGAGACUGCCAGGGAAGCAGGAAUAGAAGAAAGGCCACAACUCGUAGAAACACUUCCUGCAGAUGGCGUGCGUGGUUGGACUCUGUUCGCUAUUUUGCUUAAUCGCAUUUGCUUUAUAGUAUUUACUUUCGCGUAUUUAUUUAUGAUUGUUAGAUGUUUUGUCUAACAGUUACUUCCCCCCAAAUAUUCUCAAACUCUGAAACGGAAUGAUACUUUGAAUUGCAAUGCAGUAUUUUUUCCUUGUGACGUGUUUUCGAGAGGCGAAUUAAUAAUUUAGCAGAGAGUCAAGUGUUAAACAAUGAUGAAAAGAAGAAAGAAACGAAUGUUUAUAGCACUGAUGAAAUACACUGUAGACAAAAACGAUCUUAGCGUUUAUAAUAUUUAUUUAAAGAAACUGAACAAAAUUUAGAAUUGAAACGCCACUGGAAAAAUAACUAAAAAACGUUAGCUUGCGGGAGAAAUGACGCAACUCCGAUUACCAGUAAGAACUCAACAGCUGACAUGUCAGUAAAAUGGUGAUUCAGAAAGCGUUUUGUUUCCAUUUUACAUAAUUUUCCUCCGAAAUCCCUGUUAAACAGUGAGAAGGAGAGAACUCUGGCAUACAAAACGUCUUCCCGGAUUGAGUCGCCAUUUUACUACCAUGUCAACAGCUGCGCUCCUAGUGGCCAUCGUUAGAGUUAGCCUGCGUCACCUGAACCGCGUACAACAAACAUUUUUGAAGUUAUCUUUAAUAUGGUCUAAGUUGUAUUUCUUUAUGCCGUUUUAUGUUUUGGUAAAUAAUUAUUUGAAACGGCUUCUUUAAAGAUCCAUUCUAAUAGAAUACUCUUGUCUACAAA